AUGUCACGAUGUCGCGGGACCGAUGGUACGACAUCGCGGUACCGAUGUCACAACAUAUGCGUACCGCGACCUAAGGCACCGAGGACGAUCGCAUACCGCGACCGAAGGUACCGCGGACGAUCGCGUACCGUGACGCGAGGACGAUUGCGCAUCGUGACGCGAGGACGAUCGCGUACCACAACGCGAGUGGCGCCGAAGUCGAUCACGUACCGCRACACGACUCCGAUGAGRUCCGAAGYGGAGGUUUACCGCGACACKACACCGAUGUGGUCCGAAGUGGAGGCUAACCAAGACGUGAUUUGGUACCGAUGUCACGACAACGUGGUACCGUUGUCACGACGUCGCAGGAUCGAUGUCGAGUGGUCGUGGUACCGAUAUCAAGUGGUGGACCGAUGUCGAGUGGUCGUGGUACCGAUGUCGAGUGGUCAGUCCGGGAACAAAGAUCGCCGGGCUAGGUGGUGUUGGAUCGAAAUGGGACGAAACAAGGCCCAACAAGGGACCGACACGAGCAACCUAAGGAAGAAUGGAAAUUGCAAGAGAAAGAAAAGGAUUUCCGUUAUGAUCAAGGAAUARAAUAAACCRACUUAG